CCGCUUGAGAAAUGCGACUUCUCAGAGCGUCUUCCGGCGGGAGCUGUACGGCUCCUUACCAUGGGGACGAUUCAUCUCUUUCGAAAGCCACAGAGAUCUUUUUUUGGAAAGUUACUACAGGAAUUUAGACUUGUCGCAGCUGACCGGAGGUCCUGGAAGAUCCUUCUGUUCGGUGCAAUCAACGUGCUGUGCACUGGCUUCCUGCUCAUGUGGUGCAGCUCCACCAACAGCAUCGCAUUAACUGCCUAUACUUACCUCACCAUCUUUGAUCUCUUUAGUUUAAUAACAUGUUUAAUAAGCUACUGGGUAAUGAUGAGGAAACCUAGCCCUGUCUAUUCAUUUGGGUUUGAAAGAUUAGAAGUCCUGGCUGUAUUUGCUUCUACUGUCUUGGCACAAUUGGGAGCCCUCUUUAUACUAAAAGAAAGUGCAGAACGCUUUUUGGAGCAGCCCGAGAUACACACACUGGAAUUAUCAAGAAAACAUUGAAGGGGAUGUUUUGCUCUUUCUAGGGGAAGAUUGUUAGUUGGUACUUUUGUGGCCCUUUCUUUCAACCUGUUCACGAUGCUUUCUAUUCGGAAUAAGCCUUUUGCUUACGUCUCUGAAGCUGCUAGUACGAGCUGGCUUCAGGAGCACGUGGCAGACCUUAGCCGCAGCUUGUGUGGCCUUAUCCCAGGACUCAGCAGUAUCUUCCUGCCCCGCAUGAAUCCGUUUGUUCUGAUUGAUCUUGCUGGGGCGUUUGCUCUGUGUAUAACAUACAUGCUGAUUGAGAUUAAUAACUACUUUGCCGUGGACACUGCGUCAGCCAUUGCCAUUGCCCUGAUGACGUUUGGCACCAUGUACCCCAUGAGUGUGUACAGUGGGAAAGUGCUCCUCCAGACAACACCACCUCAUGUUAUCGGUCAGUUGGACAAACUGAUUAGAGAGGUGUCUACCUUGGAUGGGGUGCUAGAAGUCCGAAAUGAACACUUUUGGACCCUUGGAUUUGGCUCAUUGGCUGGGUCAGUGCAUGUACGGAUCCGACGAGAUGCGAACGAACAAAUGGUCCUUGCUCAUGUGAGCAACAGGCUGUGCACGCUGGUGUCCACGCUGACUGUUCAGAUCUUCAAGGACGACUGGAUUCGGCCUGCCUUAUCCUCUGGGCCUGUUGCGCCCAACGUCCUAAACUUCUCAGACCAUCACGUAAUCCCAAUGCCUUUAUUAAAGAACGUGGAUGAGAGGACCCCCGUCACGUCAACCCCAGCCAAGCCCAGCAGCCCACCUCCGGAGUUUUCAUUUAAUACGCCUGGGAAAAACGUGAGCCCGGUUAUUCUUCUGAACACACAGACAAGGCCAUAUAGUUUGGGUCUUAAUCGCGGACACACACCAUACAGCAGCGUGUUCAGCCAAGGACUCGCAUUUCCAGGAGUUGGAGCAGGCCAGGGAUUGAGGCCCACCUUCCCACAUAUACCAAGUAGAUAUGGAAUCAACAGGAUGGGGCAGCCAAGACCCUGACAGACUCUAACUUAUUGUGAUGGGGAAUAGCGACUUCUUGCCUUCCAAUGUAUUUAGUAAUCCAACUUGCAUUGACUGUUCAACCACUUACAUGUCAGAUUAUUCCAGGCUUGUUCAUAUUUCAUAAAACCUAUAAACUAUAUUUUUGUAAAAUGUUCUUGUGGCAGUGAGGUCUUUGGAAAUGUCAUGGGCAUUAGGUAGGCCUCCUUCAAAAAGUUUGGAUAUGAGCUGCUUUGUAGCAGCCUAUGAUGUGAUAGUCUGGCCUCCAGCAGUAAAGCCAUGUGCUGAGUGGAUCUGCAUCUUACCAAAAAUUCAUAAUUCCUUCAGUAGAAUUUAUAAACAUACUUCAUGUAUGGUGCCCAACUAAGUAAAUGAAACUUAGGUGUCCAUUUGAAAAGUAAAUUCUCUUUUAUAGCUUUUUAAAGCUUAAUUGCUACAUUUUUUGAGGCCCUCCCAAAUCAUUUGUUAAAUAAAAAGUAACAGUUUCUAUUGGAAGUUGUGAGGUAUAUUCUACUAUGUAGCACAAUUUAAUUAUUACUGAUCUUUUGAAACAGGUUUUGCUGCAUAGAUCAGGCUGGCUUCAAACCCAUAAUCCUUCUGCCUCAGUCUCCCACAUGCCAGGAUUUAGGUUUUGAGCCACCAUAGAAGUAUGUCCUAAAAUUUUAAGUAACAGGUUUUGAAUAAAGAGUGUUUGGCUUUUUUUUUUUUCCCAUUUA